CACCGAAAUGAGGCCGUGCACUAAAACCCUAAAAAGCCAUAGAAGAAGAAGCAGCAGCAGAAAGUGAAAAACCGUAACAUCUGCGAUGACACAAAAAAACAAUCUAUUCAAAGGCCAACAGAAGAAGAAAACAGUCCCACCUAAUCGCCAUGGAAAAAUCACUCACAUCCGCAAAGGGAAGAGAUUUGUGAAGCCAUCAAAUUUCACGAAAGAGAUGGAUGCUGAUAGGGAGCUAAGCAAGUUCAUCAACAACUGUAACGAGAUCAAAGCAGCUACUGCUGCAAACAAGGAAGGUGGUCAACUAAGCAUUGUCAAACCACCACCAGAACCAGCAAGAGCUGCAAAGAAAGAAACUUGAUGCUGCAAAAUCUAUGCUUUGCUUUGUGCCUUUUUCAUGUUUAGUUGGGAGGAGCUCUCUCAAUCAGUUUUGACAGUAUAUUAGAUUGGAUAUGGGAGUUUUGCCCGACUUGGAUAUAAAUGGUUGAUUAGUUGAAUGUAAACCAUAUUCCCUUGUAGCCCCUAUCCAUACAAGUUUUGGUACUCUGGUGCGGACAUAGGAGACUGCUGCUAUGGCUAUGAAGUAUUGAUUUAGUCUGCUGUAUUGAUAAUAGAAAUAGUAAUCAAGUUUUUAUCCUCUUUAA